GCCCAUCGAUGCCAUCGAGAAGAACGGCAAAGCGUCUUUUAUAGCCCCUUCUUCCUCCGCCUUCUCCGCCCCGCGUUCCACACACUGUGGCCUUUCCUCCUUCCUUCUCCCCGGACCAGCGGUCGGAGCGGAGAUCGGAUCGGCCUCUUCUCGCCCCAUUCGCCGGCGGAGACUGCAUUAGAGGUGUCCGCUUUCUGCUUUCUUUCGCCAAUCUCUUGAUCCUCUUCUUCCUAUUGAUCUCAGGCCGAAAAAUCCCACCUUUCUCCCCCAACUUCAUUUUUCCUUUGUAGCAGAUUGCUCUUGUUUCGAUCUCGAAAAUGGCCGAGAGUGAACAAAGAGCGAAUGCCGCUCUGUUGCAAUCAUCAUCCUCCCGGCUCCCUGAUUUCAAGCAAUCCGUCAAGCUCAAAUAUGUCAAGCUUGGUUAUCACUACGUCAUCACCCAUGGGAUGUAUCUGUUCUUCUCGCCCCUCAUUGCCGUCCUCGUGGCGCAGCUUUCCACCUUCUCCAUCAAGGACCUCCAUGACCUCUGGGACCAUCUCCGUUUCAACCUCAUCUCUGCGGUACUCUGCUCCACGCUUCUUGUCUUCCUCUCCACCGUCUACUUCCUCACGCGCCGCAGGCCAGUUUAUCUGGUCAACUUCGCAUGCUAUAAGCCCGAGGAUCCCCGGAAAUGUACUAGGCAAAUCUUCAUGGACCGGUCUACAUUAACGGGGUCGUUCACGGAAGAGAACCUCGCAUUCCAGCGUAAGAUCCUUGAAAGGUCUGGUCUUGGUGAAUCCACCUACCUCCCCGAGGCAGUCCUCAAUGUUCCUCCGAAUCCCUGCAUGGCUGAGGCCAGGAAGGAAGCCAGAACUGUUAUGUUUGGAGCCAUCGAUGAGCUUUUGACAAAGACUAAUGUGAAACCCAAGGACAUCGGUAUCUUGAUUGUGAAUUGUAGCUUGUUCAACCCGACGCCUUCUCUCUCUGCCAUGGUUGUUAACCAUUACAAGCUUCGAGGAAACAUUGUCAGCUAUAAUCUGGGUGGAAUGGGGUGCAGUGCAGGUCUUCUCUCGAUUGAUCUUGCCAAGGAUCUUCUUCAGGUCUAUCCCAAUUCCUAUGCCUUGGUCGUCAGCAUGGAGAACAUCACCUUGAACUGGUACUUUGGCAACAACCGCUCCAUGCUUGUCUCCAACUGCUUGUUCCGUAUGGGUGGUGCUGCAAUCCUUCUAUCCAACAAGAGAUCUGAUCGCAGGCGCUCAAAGUACCAGCUCGUGCACACUGUUCGCACUCAUAAAGGUGCUGAUGAUAAGUGCUUCAGCUGUGUCACCCAAGAAGAGGAUGAGAACGGCAAGAUCGGUGUCUCUCUUUCUAAAGACCUCAUGGCAGUCGCCGGCGAUGCCCUGAAGACCAACAUUACUACGCUUGGCCCACUGGUGUUGCCCAUGUCCGAACAACUCAUCUUUUUGGCUACAUUGGUAGCGAAGAAAGUCUUCAAAAUGAAGAUCAGGCCUUACAUUCCCGACUUCAAGUUGGCCUUUGAGCAUUUCUGCAUUCAUGCCGGAGGAAGGGCAGUGUUGGAUGAAAUAGAGAAGAACCUGCAACUCUCCGAUUGGCAUAUGGAGCCGUCGAGGAUGACACUCUAUAGGUUUGGAAACACUUCGAGCAGCUCUCUCUGGUAUGAAUUGGCAUAUUCAGAAGGCAAAGGAAGGAUUAAGAAGAAGGACAGAAUUUGGCAAAUAGCAUUCGGGUCGGGGUUCAAGUGCAACAGUGCUGUCUGGAAGUCUCUGAAAUCCAUCAAUCCCGCAAAUGAGAAGAACCCAUGGAUGGAUGAAAUUAACAACUUCCCAGUUGCGGUUCCGAAGGUGUCAGCACUUUGAGCAUAAUCGCUGGUUAGAAAGUGAUAUCACAUGCAGAAUUAGAAUCUGCACAGGUGAAACAUUCGUCAUGAUUUGUUUUAAUUGUUUUGGUGUUGGAAGGUGCAUUUUUCAUGUGGACAAUGAAUUUGAUUGCUAGAUUUAAAGAUAAACCAUGCACUCAACUGUAAGUAGACUAGGAGGGUCAAGUAGCACUAUAUUUCAUAUUUUUGCUGUUAAUGCAGACAUUGGGCCUCGAUUCUUGUCAUAAUCAUUUUCUUUUGCAGUAUCAUUGCCUUAUAUAUGAAUCUUAUAUUGAUUAGUGUCAUUUCAUUGUAUUAUCCACUAUUUUAAUGAAUGUCAAGAUCUCUUGAUGCA